CUGCGCGACCUGAAAGACGACAAGCGGCAGUCGCAGGCAGAAGCGCGCCAGGCAGAGACACUGGAGACGCUGAAAAGAGUGUACCCCGGUGUUCGUGGCCGCCUCGUAGAUCUGUCCAAGCCGAUCCAACGCAAGUACAACAAGGCCGUGACCGUGGCGACUGGAAAGCACAUGGAUGCAAUUGUGGUACAGUAACAGACUACAGGACAGGCCAAGACUGCAUUCAGUAUCUCCGUGAGUCCCGUGCAGGUAGCGGGCAGUUUAUUCCUCUGGAUAAGAUCCGUGUAAAGCCUAUCAAUGAGCGCUUUCGUGGUCUGGGCUACAAUAUCAAGAUGGUCGUCGACGUGAUUGAAUGCGACGCGGAGAUUGAGCCGGCGUUGCACUAUGCAGUUGGUGAUACUGUUGUAUGUGACUCUAUUGACAUCGCCCGGGACCUGUGCUUCCAUCAGAACGAGAAGGUGAAAGCUGUGACAUUGGACGGAAUGGUGGUGAGCAAGAACGGCAGUAUGACGCCAAGAAUGACGUGCGUCGGGCUGGCCGCUGGGAUGAAAAGGAGGUGGGGGCCUUGCAGCAACAAAAAGAUGAUCUCAUCGACACAAUCCGCGCAAUGGAGCGGCAUGGUGCUUCGUACGCAAAGUUGCAAUCGUCACGGACACAACUGGAGGGGUUGAGAAGCCGACUCAGUCAUGCUAAGGCAGACUUGGUGAUUACUGAAACAAAACGACCAAAGAUUCAAGCGCGAAUUGAUGAGGCCAAGAAGCGAAUGGCCGAGAUCAUCGAGCCUGAGCUUCAGAAAUAUGAAGGGGCGGUCAGCUCUCGUAAGGGUAGCAUUGCGGCGUUGCAGGAGCAAAUCAAUGGGGUAGAGGACGAAAUGUUUGCAGAUUUCAGCGAGGCUGUUGGUGUCGAGAGCAUUCGAGUCUAUGAGGAGAAGGUGUUGAAGCGACACCACAAGGCAAUAGAGAUGCGGCGCAAAAUUACGGAGCAUGAAGCCAAACUCCGUGCUCAGAUCGAGUACUUGCAGUCGCAGGAUUUCAAUCAACCCAUGCUCGACGCAAAGGAGAGGGCAACUCGGGAAGCCGAACACCUGAAGCAAUGAGCUGAAGAGGAAACCGGCUUGAUGCAACGAGUGGCAGCGUUGCAGAAGGAAAGGAAGGAGCAAGAAGGACUACGCAAGAACUUGUCAGCAAAGGUGGAGGAGCUUGAGAAGGAGCUUCGGGAAAUCGGCAGCAAGAAAGCCAAAUACGAAGAAAGAAAGGGCAAAAUUCAAAGAAGAAUUGCUUCGGAGGAGAUCGUACUGGAGCGCCUGAAGGAUCACAAGACGGGGAUUUUUAAGCGGGCGUCGCUGGAUCAGGUCACACUACCAACUAUUGCUUAUCAAUCCUCAAACGGCACCGAAGAUGUCGAGAUGGAAGAAGCCAAUGCGACCGGUGUGCCGUCAAAUACGAGCAGCUCAGCUGAUCAUGACAGCCUCGAGAGCUCAGAUCUACUCGCAACGAACCAAGAAGUGGGUUUCUCGGCGCUUCCUGAUGCGCAUGUGGUGAUGGAUGAUAAGGAGUUUGAUGAGAUCAACACCAAGUACGAAAAGCGCAUCGGUGUGCUGCUCACUGAGCUGGAGCGUAUGAAGCCAAACAUGCGCGCGCUGGACAAAUUCGACGUGAUCCAGAACCGGAUUGGGAAAGAGGAGGAGGAACUGGAUCGUAUCAAGCAGACGUCAUUUGAAACAGCGACCAAGUUCGAGGAGGUCAAGCAAGCUCGCUUCGAUCGAUUCAUGGAGGCGUUCAACCACAUUUCCGGAGUGAUCGACUCGACGUACAAGCAGCUUGCGAAGAGCUCCAAGCACCCUCUGGGAGCCACGGCGUACUUGAAUCUGGAGAACGCCGAGGAGCCCUACCUGAACGGAAUGAAGUACAAUGCGAUGCCCCGAUGAAGCGCUUCCGCGAGAUGGAACAAUUGUCAGGUGGCGAGAAGACCGUUGCUGCUCUAGCUCUCCUCUUCGCGAUCCACAACUACCGUCCGUCUCCAUUCUUCGUGCUCGACGAAGUGGACGCCGCACUGGACAACGCGAACGUGAACAAGGUGUCGACGUACAUUGCCAAUUGCGACUUCCAGUGCGUGGUGAUCUCGCUAAAGGACUCAUUCUACGAGAAGGCUGACGCGCUCGUCGGCGUCUGCAAGAACAUCACGCUGCAACAAUCCAAGUCGAUGACGCUGGAUCUCACCAAGUUUGAC